CUAAGCUUUUUAAAGACAAACAAAUAAAGGAGUGUCUUAUCUACGAUGAAGAGCUUCUGAAAUCAAAUACGAACUAUGGCAACAAAAGAGGUCUAUUAUUCCACUGUUUAAUUAAAUAUUUUUAUUACUGGACAAGCACUGACGUGUCAUUUGUAGUUUCAGUAUUGUAAAAGAUAUUUUUGAAAACACAAGUUAGAAGAAAAAGUUUUGUAUAUAUCUUAUGACCUAAAAUAUUAAAUAACUUUAAACGUUUACUAUAUACUUGGUUUGGAAAUUCAUUGUUUUACAGAAAGGCAUAUAUUGCAUUUGCUUCAUAUAAAGGCUGUUUGAUGAUAAGUGUAGCAUUGUAGAAAGGAAACAUAACGCCGAAAAAUUUCAAUCUAAAAAGUACUCGAUUGAUUGUGCUAAGUAUUUUCAAGUUUCUGUAAUAAAAUGGCUUUAUCAAAAGUUGAGCUUGCUGCGUUGUUGGAAUGCAAGAUUUGUUUAGACACCUAUCAUGAGCCUAAACAACUGAACUGCGGGCACACUUAUUGUCAAGGUUGUCUAGAUGGUAUUUUAUUAUUUAUGGAAGAUGGGAGUGCUGAACUGUCUUGUCCAGUGAGGUGUACUAAAAAGACAACAAUUACUCACGAACAAACAACAUCCUCAUUAAUGAAAGUGUUUACAUUAACUGGCAUUCUGGACAAAGUCUCCCCUGGUGAAAAAGUUAAUUCUUUAUGUCAGCAAAGUAAAGACUGCAACCAGAUGAUCAGCUAUUCCUGUACAAAAUGCAGUUUAAAGAUCUGUGAAAAAUGUCAAAACCUUCAUUCUUGUUCCAACAAAUCAUAUAUCAAUGUCAUUUUCAAUCAAAAACUGCAAGAACUCCAACCAUUGUGUAAGCAACAUGACUCGCUUGCAAAGUUUGCCUGUAUUGAUUGUGAAAAUUUGUUAACAUGUGUUUAUUGCAAACACCGACAACAUAAGAAUCACAGAAUUAAAUCGAUAGAUGAUUUUGGCCUGGAAGCCAAAAAGUGGUUUCAGUCGUUUAUUACAUCAUUCAAUGAAACAAAAGUGGUGUUGGAAAAGUUAACAAGAAAAUACAGUGACGCUCUAACAAAUUUGGAGAAAGAAAGGAAAGUAUUUGUUCAAAAAUUAAAAGAAAGAAAGUUAAAGCGACUAGACGAAUUUCUCAAAAUAUUAAAUAAAGAAGAAGAAGAUCUAUUGCGGAUAUUCGAUGAGAAAUCUGAAGUUUUUAAAGCAAAAUUGACUAAUGAUGGUUUUGUCGACAAUAAGAAAGUACAAGAAUUUACAGAUUACGUUCAAGCUUUUAAUUUAAAAUCUCAUUUUGAGUUAAUUACUGAAAAAAUGGAAAUUGAACGACAACUUCGCAGGCUAUCCUCGUUUCCAAGAACUAUCCCAACAUUCAAUUCACACCUUCAUCAAAUGAACAAAGCAGAUAUUUCGUCAAAUCCGUUGGGCGAAAUGAAAAUUUCAAUUGAUGACGUCACGACUGUUGAUGUAGAUCCCAAUGAAUGUUCGGUUUAUAGAAACUUGAUUGAUGAAGUUGAAACCCAACCCAACUUCUCCCAAUUAACAACUGAUUUAAUGAACUUAGUAGAAAGUCUGAAAAAGUACGAGAAACCAAUUGUAAAUCCUCGUUCUGGAAAACAAGAACAGAAAGAUGUAAAGCCAAAAGGUUUCCAGUUUGCUAAGAAGAGUUACUCUUUCGAAGAACUUAAAAAGAUUAUUGAAAUUGGUGAUGUCAAGACAUUUCAAUCAAUUCUUAUUGAUCAUCCAAAUAUCGUUAAAAUAAGAAGUGGUUGUAAUAAAACAACACUGUUGAUGGAAGCUGUAUGGUACAAUAAACCAUCAAUAGUGAAAUGUUUGAUUGAUGCUGGUAGCGAUGUGUAUGCUGUGAAUAAAUGUAAAUCGAAUGCAUAUCACUACAGUGCAAGUUAUGGUCGUCAUGAUGUUUUGAAUGUUUUAAUUAAUCAUGACGUCACAAAUAUUAACAAUUUAAACAGUCACAAUUACACACCAUUACAUUUUGCAUCUCGUAAUGGUGAUAUUGAAUGUGUGAAGUUGUUGUUGUCUAUACCACACAUCGAUGUCAAUAUACGAAACAUUCACAAUAACACACCAUUACAUUUUGCAUCUCGUGGUGGUCAUAUUGAAUGUGUGAAGUUGUUGUUGUCUAUACCACACAUCGAUGUCAAUAUACGAAACAAAUGGAACAAAACUGCUUAUGAUGUUGCUUGUAAUAACUCUAUCAAACGUUUAUUACAAGAACAUUAGAAAAAUUAAGAAAAUUUUCUGACAAUUAUAUUUUUCAAUUUACCUAAGCAAAUUAUUAAAAGCAUAUAUCGUCUUUUUUAUUAGAACUAUAGGUUAUAGUAGAAUAGGUUUCUUAUUUAUUUCAUAAAUUUACGUUAACAAAUUUCAAAACAUGACUUCUUAAGAAGAAGAAGGUAUAAUUCAUCAAAUUUAGUUGACUAACAGAAGUAAGUAAGAGAAUUUGUUUUAAGACACACCUCUGGCUCUUUCUGGACUUAUCAUCAAAAUCUUUUUUUUUUAAUCAAGAACGUAAGAAGCACUAAACAAGUUUUCUUGACUUGUAUAUAUCGCAAAUAUAUGAUACUCGUCACUUUAUAAUACCUCGUUUAUCAAUUCCACGGCUAAAAUAUAUAGAACCUGGGACGA